AUGUCACUGAUAAAAUACCGCUCGGGCGAUGAUGAGACGAAGGACCCAAGCUCGAAGAAUUACUGGAAUUGGAUAAUGAUCAGCUGCAAAAUCCAGCGCGAGACUCUGAUGAAGAUUCGCAAUCACCCCGAAGCUGACAAACUCGGCUAUCUGAUAUUCUCAAGGAUGAAUGUCAAGGAGUUCCUUGAAUGCGAAAAAGUCCUCGGAGUCGACGAAGAAAAUCCACCUUUCGACGACAUCCUCAGUUCAGAUUCGUGCGAUCUGCUGCUGCAAAAAUAUGCGAAAGAGUACAAUGAUGAGCCAGUUCUGAUAAGCAACACCUUGUGUCAGUCAAAAUGUGAGUGCGUCGUCGAAUGGCUGGAUUUCUACAGAAGUCGUUUUGAGAAGGCCCCGAAUCUUUCUGGAAUGAUCAAAAUCUUUCGAUACAUUGAUUCCGAGUUGUACGUAAAGACGAUUUGCUGCAAGAGAGAGUCUUACCUGGUCGUUCAAUGCGGAUUCUCGACGCAUUGGAAAUUCAACGCAUCAGUUGAAAAGUGCGAAAAAGACGCUCCGAAGUGGUGGAAAGAUUAUUUCAAAGUAAAAAGCUGCCUUGGACCAAAAGCUAAACGAACAACUUGGAUCGGGGCUUAUCGAAUAAUUCCCCAGUCGGAAAGCCCUGUUUAUAAUCUCCAGCAAAUCAACACAAUCUACGACUGGCCCGAAUACGAGAGCACGAACCAGAAGAUUAAAGAUGUUACUCAUGGAACGAUUCUUUCAGUUAUCGUCUUUUCAAGCCCUGCUUGGCCCGGUGCGUCUGUAACUACAAAUGAAGUUAUGCUCGAAUUCGAAACACUCAAUGAAAUUACCCUGGAAGAGUUGAAAAAGCGAUUGGAAAAGAAAAAGCCUCAAUUUUCAAGGAGCAAAAGAAAGAAAGAAAAUCACCGGUCGAUUCAAGACUUGGAAGAUGCAUUUCCAAGAAUUGAAGAGUUCGACACAUCUUCCUCUGAAGAAGACAUGGUCUCAAUCAAGUUCGUUGAAGAUGAAUAA